CGUUAUCAAAAUAUUGCAUAAUAUUAUCUCGUGAGACGUCAACUUACGAGAUUUGUGAAACCACGUGGAUGAAAUAUAAAAUGGAUUUUUUAAUCAGUUACAGGCACGUGUAUGUUGUCAACAAACGGACAUGAAUAUAUCGUUUUUUAAUUUAAUAUUGCAAUAGAAUGGACUUUGAUGACUAUGAAGCUUUACCUACGUCGUCUACAGCGACACAUAUGUUGGCAGGUAGUGCUGCUGGAAUCAUGGAACAUUGUGUAAUGUAUCCAGUUGAUUCUGUGAAAACACGUAUGCAGAGUCUUCGGCCUAAUCCAAAGGCUGAUUAUCGUACCUUUCCAGAAGGUCUUUAUAAAAUGAUUCGUUACGAAGGCGUUUUUAGACCUGUCCGAGGUAUGUCUGCUGUUGUUACUGGUGCUGGACCUGCUCAUGCUCUAUAUUUUGCUUGUUAUGAAAAAUUAAAAAGAGUAUUAAGUAAAACUGAACAUGGAAAUGGACAUCCUUUAGCACAAGAUGUCAUCUGUCUGUCUUCAUUAAUUUCAAGACCAGAUAUAGAAAGCUUAGGGACCAGUGGUCCCACUCAAUUAAUUUUUACUGGAAAACUCUAUGUCAAUACUGGAACUUAA